UAAUUACGCACUGAACUUCGAACUUCGUGUGUUGGUUGGGCAAAUGUAGCGAGUGGUCGCCUGAUGUUAAGCCAGAGUGCAUCCAGUAAGCUUCUGUGAAUGUUCAAAUGUUGACGCAUCGAGGAGGAGUGUGUCUACAGUCAGGUUUCGUGUUGGCGAAAAUUGUGGUUUUCAUGAUAACCAUGCUCUGUGCCUGAGCGCCCAGCUAGUGUGACUCUCGAUGGAUGUUCUUUUUUUCAUAUCUGGGACCACGCAAUCAGGCAACAGCGCACGACUGCGCAGGCGAAUGAAUCACCUGUCAGAACCUUGCUGUCACCCGACCACUUCCUCAUGAUGAAUCUGGUGCCUCAAGACGCCCCUCACCCUCUCUACAGUGGUCAGUUUACUGAACUCCGUAAACAUUUCCUUCUCGACCACAUGCUUGCUGUAUCAAUUGACUCCAAUGACCCGAGGAUGACGUCACCUGGUGGACUUCCUGCAAGCACUCUGGCGGCGAAUGACGUUGUAUUUCGAAAGGACAGCCAAGGUAAAAUCACCGUGAAUGACAAUCCCGUGAAGGAGGUACAGACGCUGUCCGAUGGCACCGUGAUUUAUGAGCUCGAUAACAUCCUGUUUAAUUACCAACAACGGAUUCAAGAAGCAUUCGAGAAACUUUUGGCAGAAGAAGCAUCAAAUUACCCUUUGGGAGCUCCCCCCUUUUAGGUGGAUGAUCAUAAUUGAAGAUCCCUGAUGCAGAAUGAAACAAAUAUUACAUUGUUUGAUUACAUUUGCUUAUAGAUUUUGUACCCUCAACAUAAUUCACUUAUAUUUGUUACGCGGUUUCAUGGUUGUGAUAAAAAUAAUAAAAUUGAUAAAUGUAAUAAAUGGUAUAUAUGCUGUAUAUUCUGUGUUCACGUGUUAAUCUGAUGGUUUGAGGCAACAUUGGACUGUUUUUUUCCUCUAGCGAAAAACACACUAACAGACCAGGUGACUGGAGACGCUUAUGGAGUCUGUCCUAGGUUAAGGAAGUGUAUUUUGUACAGUAUGCCACAUUCUUCAUUGUAAGAAUUAUAUCUUACCAUGCAUUACUAAUUUAACUUUCAAGGCAUUCUUUCUGUCAUUAAAUAUUAAUGAAAGUG